AUGGGAGGUUUGUGGUUGGUUGAUGGUGUUCAGUGGUUGCGAGUGAUUGCUCUCGGAGUGAAGAGUUCACAGAGUCCAUGUCUCGGAGGUGUCUGUGGGAACUUAUCUCUCGAUCGGCUGGAAUCUCCAACUCGCACUCUGACAAUGGAAGCCCCAAAGGGAGUGCACAUUACUGCAGCUGAAGGAGACCUCAAGGCAACCUGUCGAAGAGAACUACAGCUCCAGUCUACAGAUGGGGAGAUAUUUUUAAAUGCUAAAACAAUCCGAUUGGGAAACAUCCCCCAGGGCUCCAGCUCUUCACCCUCAGCCAGUCCUUUGAACCUCCGUCAGACUGUAUACGAAGUGUGUGUGUGUCCCAAUGGCAAACUCUUUCUAUCUCCAGCAGCGACAGGGUCCACUUGCCAGUCGAACAGCAACGUCUGUUUGCGGAUUUAA